AUGUCUGCGGACCUUGAAAAGAAGCUCCGACCGCUCGUAGAUGCCAUCCAAUCGGGCAAAAAGAUCACGUUUUUCAAUGGUGCUGGAGUUUCUACCAGUGCAGGGAUUCCAGAUUUCAGAUCUCCGAAGACAGGACUCUAUGCCAAUUUGGCAAAACUCGAUUUGCCGUAUGCGGAGGCAGUUUUUGAUAUCGACUACUUUAGAGAGAAUCCAAAGGCUUUUUAUACUUUGACCCAAGAAUUGUAUCCUGGCAAAUUUGCUCCCACCAAAUUCCACUACUUCGUAAAAUUGGUUCAGGACAAGAAGUUGUUGAAAAGAGUCUACACUCAGAAUAUUGAUACAUUGGAAAGACUAGCAGGUGUAGAGGAUGAAUACAUUGUAGAAGCGCAUGGGUCUUUCGCGCGCAAUCAUUGCAUAGACUGUUCAGAAGAGAUGUCUACCGAGACGUUGAUAGAGCACAUGAACAAUAAGGAUAAGAACGAAGGUAUUCCUACAUGUUCAGCAUGUAAGGGAUAUGUGAAACCAGAUAUUGUUUUCUUUGGCGAAGGCUUGCCUUCAAGGUUUUUUGACUUAUGGGAUGAAGACUCCGACGAAGUAGAAGUAGCAUUAGUAGCUGGAACGUCUUUGACUGUAUACCCAUUUGCUUCUUUACCUGCAGAAGUAGGCAAGAAAACGUUGAGAGUUUUGGUUAACAAGGAGAACGUAGGUGACUUCAAAGCUGGUAAAAGACGGUCAGAUUUAGUACUUCUACACGAUUGCGACUAUGUAGCUGAAAAGUUGUGUGAACUCUUGAACUGGAAGGAUGAACUUGAUGCCUACAUUGAAGAGGCUACGAAGAAGUAUUCCAAGAAUAAGGAAACAGCGGCAGAACUAGCUGAAGAGAUCACCGAGGAAAUAAAGGAGGUAAUAGAAAAGAUGUCUCCGGCAGCAGAAACAAAAGAAGAAGAAUUAGAAGAUCAAAUCAGCAAAUUGAAGAUUUAA